GGUUGGUUGACAUUUACAUCAAAUUUAGGGCAAUUAAAUCUAAAUAUGGCUUUAAAAAGAAACGAUAAGCUAAAGUAGCUCGUUGUUACUACACUGGCAAGUUUACAGCCACAUUUACAGACCUUACGAUUUUUUACGUAACGAGUAAAGUUUGUUAAUCAUGUUAUAGCGUUAUUAUCCGAACUGUGCAACCUGUCUGAGCAUAACACUAACUGUUGAAAACGUUUAAAUGAUAAAACUGUCAGAUAAGACUCAUUAUGGAUCGGUAUAACAUGGUGAAACUUCUUCUAAAAAACUGGGAGCAGGAGUUUGUCAGAGACCAUCAGAGGAAACCCAACAAGGAAGACAUUGAUCAAGCUCCAGAGGAGACCAGGAAACUGUAUAAGGAGUACCGCAGUUUGAAACAGGCUAAAGAAAACAGCAGCAGCACCAAUUCAACUAGUGGAAAAAAAUGAACAAUCUCAAUCUACAUCUGAAGCAAACCCACCCCAAAAGGGCUCAGAUUGUUGGGGAGCUCAUCUAAAUCGUAGUGCAAUGCCGGCAUCGUCUCCAAAACUGACGUCCCAGGACAGAGACAGUCUUAAAGCCUCUGCUCAAUACUAUGGCCUGAAGUUUAAAGCCAACGUGGGCAGUCUCACCAAGGAGAGGCCGAUGUCAUUAAAGAAGUCUGGUCCUCAUGGUCGGGUACCUCUAAACUCCUUGGAAGAUGGACAAGGUGAACAAACAAAGAAUCCUAUGGGAACUCCCAAGAUCACAUCCAUCCAACACUCCAAAGAAUCAUCCAAAACUCUCUCCAACCCCUUCUCACCAAGACGAUUCAGCACUAGUCUCGGGUCCUCGGUUUCACAGACAGUCCAUCCAGUGGAGGCUGAGGAGCCAUUUGAACCUUUUAAAGCCAUAGAGUCUGAAUGUCUAAAUGCUGUGAGCAUCAGUUGUACUGACAACAGUGUGAACAGCAUUACUGAAAAUGCUCCCUCGCCAGUCAGACGGUCAGGCCUGUUGUCAUCAUUAUCCGCUUCAAGUAGUGCUGAAACUUCAAAAGAUGAUAUAAGAGUAACUGACAGAAUGAAUAAACACAUCACUGGUCCAAAUGAUGUUAAUGUAAACACAGAAACUCCACAUAAACAUGAUGUUGCUGCAAAUAUAGGAACUUUGACUGGCAUGAGGGGAAGUCCACAGUUUCGUGGAGGUUUUAAAGGGGGAACAGGAGGUAGGCCUUCUGCAAGUAGGCUGGGUUUCAUUGAUAAGAAGUGGCUCGAGAGGUGUCAGGUAUUUGGAGAAAUGGGGGCUGAGGAAAAGCCUGGAGCAGGAAACCAGGAGAUAGAUCUGAAAAGUAAAGAAGGAGGAAUAGAAGUAGAAAUACGGAGAAAUGGAAGAGAUGGACAAGGAGAAAUAGGACAAGAGGAGGACAGAAAUAAAAAAGCAGACAUGGAAAAGGGUUUAGAGAGUGUCAAUGACAGUGCACAGAGACCUGCAGUACAACACAAAAGAAAAAGUAGAGGAGGGAAAGAGGAUAAAGAGAUGGAAGAGGAAAGUAAAGAGAUGGAGAGAAGACUGACCCCAGAAGACGACAUUAGCUCUAAUCCCAAAUCCAAAAGUAUAAAGAAAACUGUCAAAAAGAGGCAGAGAGAGGGAGACGGCGAUGAGGCAGAGAUGACGGAAGAGGGAGGAGUAAAAAAGAAACGAAGAAAUGGAAAAAAGAAAGAGGAUUCUGAUACAAACACCAGCCAACCUCAAGGAGGAGGAAAGAAAAGGAAAACCAAGAAGAAAGGAGAGGACGAUGGAGAAGAAGAGCUGAAAGAAAAAAUGGAGCCGAAAAAGGUUCCACAAGAGAAUUUAUUUGGAGAAAUUGAGGAGGGUUUUGGAGCCAGAAAAUUAUAUCAACCACAGCCGGUCAAAGCCAGGAACAUGAAAGGUGCGGAGGGAAACUUUGUGAAGAUAAAUCUGAAAAAGAAAUCUCAUGUCAAAGGAUACGCACUAAGAGGGAUGGCUCUACGCAAACAGAUGUAUAUGCAGAAGUUCCAGCUGAAAGGGGAGCGUUUUGGUGGAGGAGGUGGAUACUUCGGCCAGGGAAGACGAGGUGGUUUCAGAGGAGGGUUGAGUCGACAGGGUGAUACCUGCUACAAGUGUGGAGGGACCGGACACUGGGCCAUCGACUGCAAGGGACGAGCUCCACCUGCUCCUGUUCCUGAUGAACAACCUGCCAAUGAGGAGCCAUUUGAACUUCCCACCUUGGAGGAGGUUGCCAGGGCGACAGGAACUCUGCAACAGUCACAUGCUUCUCCCAAUAUCAAAAAUGAGCAGAAUAAGCAAAAGGAAGUGGACGUUAAACAAAAAGAUGAGGUGUUGCUGGAUGUGAUUCGUCCUGAUUAUGAGCGUCCGGCUCCUCCUCCGCCCAUGGAACCACUUUAUGAUCUCAAAGAUGAUGGGAAAGUUCAAGUAACACCAGCUGAGGUGUUUGCAGGACUAAGAGACCUUGGCUACCAGUCAUUUAGACCAGGACAGGAAGAGGCCAUAAUGAGGAUCCUCUCAGGUCUGUCCACUCUUGUAGUGUUGUCAACAGGAAUGGGUAAAUCAUUGUGCUAUCAGCUUCCUGCCUACCUCUAUGCACAGCGGUCAAAAUGCAUCACUUUGGUGAUCUCACCUUUAGUGUCACUGAUGGAUGAUCAGUUGUCAGGGCUUCCAACCAGACUGAAAGCUGCCUGUAUCCACUCCAACAUGACGAUGAAACAGAGAGAAGCUGCAAUAGAAAAGGUGAAGUCAGGUGAUGUGUGUGUGUUGCUGCUGUCUCCAGAGGCUCUGGUUGGUGGAGGCGGUUCAGGGUCAGGUUGUCUGCCGUCUGCUCAGGAGCUUCCCCCUGUGGCCUUUGCCUGCAUAGAUGAAGCUCACUGUGUGUCAGAGUGGUCACACAACUUCAGGCCCUGCUACCUGAGGCUCUGUAAGGUCCUAAGGGAGCGUUUGGGGGUGCAGUGUUUACUGGGACUCACUGCUACAGCCACCAUGUCUACUGCUCUGGACAUCGCUCGACAUUUAGACAUCAGUGAUGAAGACGGCAUUGCUGUCAGAUCUGCAGCAGUGCCUCCGAACCUGAAUCUGUCUGUGUCGGUGGACAGAGAAAAGGAUCAGGCUCUAGUGUCCUUGUUGAGAGGCGAUCGGUUUGGUUGUCUGGACUCCAUCAUCGUCUACUGCACCAAAAGAGAUGAGACUGUCCGUGUGGCUGCACUGCUCAGAACCUGCCUUCAGGGGGUGGUGGUGAAAGAAAAUAAGCAAAUCACCAACAGCAUCAACCCUGCAGGACAGAAGAAGAAAGAACUGGCAAGGAAGAAAAUCCGUAAACCCCUGAAAUGGCAGGCUGAGUCGUAUCACGCCGGCCUGUCAGCAUCUGAGCGCCGCCGUGUCCAGAACAACUUCAUGUGUGGGGAGCUCAGAAUCGUUGUUGCCACUGUGGCCUUUGGUAUGGGCCUGGAUAAGUCUGACGUCCGUGGAAUCAUCCACUACAACAUGCCCAAGAGUUUUGAAAGCUACGUUCAAGAGAUUGGGAGGGCAGGCAGAGAUGGAGAACCGGCUCACUGCCACCUUUUCCUGGACCCUGAGGGUGAAGAUCUUCAUGAACUCCGUCGUCACAUCUAUGCAGACACCAUGGACUACUACACAGUAAAGAAACUGGUCCAGAAGGUUUUCCCUCCGUGUAAAUGUAAACAGAUUCGCCAGAAGCAGCAGGAACUAACUGAGGACAUUGACGACUCAGAGAUGCUGGAGAUGAUGGAUGUUGCUGAUCAGGAGAACGGUGUGAAUCCUCCUACUCAGCAGGACACAAUACUGUCCACAAAUCACAGCCAGAACUCAAAUAUAUCACAACUGUUGGCAGCACAGGUGAUAUCAGUCCAAGAGGAAAAGAAAGUGGAGCAAUUGGUUCAACAAGAGGCAGCUGACGGGUUGUCAAAUCACACACAUGAGGAGGUGAUUGGAGUCAGUGAUUGGCCUAAAGAACGAGUUUGUCACACACAUGAGAGAGCUAUACCUGUCCAGCAGACGGUUGAGAGUCUGGACAUUACAGAAGAAGGUGUGGAAACGCUGCUCUGCUAUCUGGAGCUGCACCCUCAGCGCUUUGUUGAACUUCUUCAUCCCACUAUGUCAGUUUGUAAAAUCAGCUGCUAUGACGGACCGAGACAGCUCCAGAAGAUCACUAAAAUCUGCCCUCCCAUCGCCGUGGUGCUGGCGAGAAGGCGGAUGGCCGGAGAGCGAGUGGAGUCAUGUAAUCAGCUGGAGUUUGACGUUGUGGAGGUGGCGGACACCAUGGGCUGGCAGCUCCCUCUGGUGAAGAGAGGCCUGAGACAGCUGCAGUGGAGCACCGACAGAGGUGGGGGAUGCAGCGGGGUCCUCGUUGAGUUCUCUGAUCCCUCCUUCUACUUCCGUUCCUAUGGUGACCUCAGUGAUGACGAGAUGGACAGAGUGUGUCAGUUCCUCCACAAUCGAGUGCAGGAGCAGGAGAAAACCCAGCUCUUCCAGCUGACCGCCUGCUUUAAGGCUUUUAAGAGUGUUGCGUAUCAGAGAGUUUCCUCCUGUGUUGAUGAUCUGGAGGAGAGUCGCAGUCUUGAGCUCAAAAACCUUCUCCUGGAGUACUUUGAAAAGAGGCGAGACCAAAAUCACACAUUCACACCUGUCGACAUUGAGGAGCUCGACAAAUAUAAGUUGUUAGACUGGGAGAAUCAGAUCAGAGCGGAUAUAAGAAGUUUUCUCUCCUACCGAAGUGAUGAAAAGUUUUCUGGAAGAGCUGUUGCUAGAAUCUUCCACGGCAUCGGCAGCCCAUGUUUUCCUGCCCAAGUCUAUGGUAAAGACCGACGCUACUGGAGGAAAUACAUCAGGUUUGACUUCAACCAGCUCAUCCGACUCGCCACUCAGGAGAUCAUUCGCUUUAAGUGACCAAAGACACAGGAUUAUAAUGGAUUUACCUCAUGUCACUGUUACUUUCAUGUUCAAAUAUUUUAAUGUUUUUUAUGUUUGUCCAACUGUGGAAAAAAAAAAAACUCAAAUAAAACCUCUAUUUUUCUA